GGAGGCUUUCUCACCGCUGCUGGAGAACAGGAUCCGCGGGAAGUUGGCGGCGACCGUCCCGAAGUGGCAGGACAUGACGAUCACGGACAUGGCGGAGUACGUUGGUGUGUGUGUGUGGAUGGGGUCGUGUAUGGACGACAUCACGCGUUGGCAAAAGGUGAUCGCGGACUGGCAGCGCGUGACCAACCCGAUCGCGGAUGUCGGCGCUCCCACGAGCAUUUCCAUCCUUCUGUGCAAUCAGCGCGCCGCGAGCAAGACCUCAUACCUAAGUCAACUGUUCGCCAUCGAAGAUGAAGCGCAAAGAGGCAUGCGCUCUUCAUCGCUUAUGGCAUCUACCUCCUCAAGCUCUUCCACGUGAUGUUCUGCUUGCUAUCGGCUGUUGGUCCCCCGCUCUGAAGUUGGCCCCCCUCGAGCUGAGCAGCCGCGCCGCCCUGAUGCGCAGCGCCUCCGACUCGGUCCUGAAUUGGCCGUACUGGGCGAAGAGGCUGAGGGAGGCGGCGGAGACGGCUCUCAGCUUCUACGUGCGAACCCGUGGCCACGACCUCUACGACCCGCUCCACUCGAAGUCCAGUCCGAUCGCUCACACGCUCGAGGACGCGGCCCAGGGCUUCAAUAAUGACUCGAACAAGAAGAUGGCCAGUGCGUGCGGCUCCGCGAUGAUUGAGUGGACAGCUGAGGCUGAGAAGGCGCGCUUGCUCUUAGAGCGCCCCAAGGCCCGCCUUCGCAUGCAGAAGCUUGUUCGUCUUAGUCUCAUCUCUUCCCUCCUGCGUGACUGCCUCCCCUCGACUGUCUUUGCUCGCUUCAAUUCCUGGGCCAUUCCUCCCGAUAGGUUCACGUUGCGCCAGAUCGAGUGGGAGUCGCUCACAGAGCUUCUCUCGUCAGCUUUUCCCCCGGCGGCUCAUCCUGCCCUAAUUAAGACCUGGGCGGGUGGAUGAACCACCAGUCGUCGCUUGCGCA